AGAAGAGAGAUAAUGUAUUUGAAUGUGGCGCUCACCGAACGGUGGCGCUUAAACGUUAACCGCUAGAGGUCAGCAGAUUCGAGGUAUAAGAUCGCCAUCCGUGAAGCGGUCCGCUUCAGUAGUGUGCGUGACCGUACCGGGAGGAGGGUGGCUCCGCGCGCGGCCGCACCGCGAAACCGUGCCCACUCGCCUCGACCACGGACAUCCACGCUAGUUUUCUCGUAUUGUAAAAACAUGGCGGCCAGUGACGACGAGCCGAUGCAUCUCUACGAGGUCUUUCAAAAUUGCUUCAACAAGAUCGCCAACAAGCAACCCGAAAAGCCAGGCUUCCAGUCACCCUAUGGCUCUACGAUGGACAACGGAAUGACGUACGGGAGCGGUGGUGGCGGUGGUGGAGGUGGCGGAGGUGCGUUCGGUCCAUCGGUCGGGGGUCCCGGCGGAGGGCCAGGGGGAGGUGGGGGAGGUGGUCCUGGUGGUGGAGGUGGUGGUGGUGGUGGCGGUGGGGCCGUCGAAGGUGCCACCUAUCCCCCGGACUCGCCAUACUUUCCCUUUGGAAGUAGGGGUGUACCUCCCUCAGUUGUAACCCCCACCCCCGCCACUGCAAAUCCGGCGGCCCCCACAGGAACGAAUGGUGCACGGUUACCCAAUCCCACGGUUGGUGCUGCUGCCGUAAAGAGGAAGAAGGACACUCUCGAUGGGGCAGCGGACGGCGAAGUGGUAACGACGCAGCAUUGGCUAGGUAAAUUGUAUAGCUUUGUCAUCUUUCACGUCAAUCUCUGAUUAUCAAGAGGAAAAACCGGACACCUGUUGUUACGUGAGCUUGUGUGUUAGAUUAUAGACAAGAGAGUGUGUAAUUUAAUGUUUCUACCAAAGCGUGAACAAGAGUACAUGGAAUUAAGCGUUGAUCGAACGACACGCUUAAUGGUUUGUUUCCUAUAACCUUUUCAAUAGGGAGAAACAAAAUGGAAAAGAGAAAGAUAAAGGGAAUGGGAUAAGAAAUUAUAAAGAAUUAUGCGAGGAAAUGACGAAAUAAUAAUGACGAAAAUCUAAACACAUAACUGAAGAAAACAAAGAAAAUAUAUUUGAACAAGUAAUCAAAUACAAGAAUAUUAUUGACCUUUCUUUCUCGAUAGCUUGAAUAAAACAAGCAAACCAACACGCCCAUUCCAUCCAUAAACUUGAAAUCGAUCAAUAAACAAAGAUCUUUAAUUUUUUAUUAACUUUUCAUAAAAACAACUUUACAGAAUGUAAAAUGUAAUACUCUUGUGUAAAAAGAAAUUUAUAAUCAAGAAAACAAUGAUAAAUAAUAUUUUUGUUUACUAAAAAAAUGAAAUAUAUGUUUUUUCUUUUUUAUUCUCUCGCUAAUUUUGUUCGAUAUUAAAAUAAUUUUAAUAAUCCACAAUUUGUUCGGAAAACUAUAGAUAAUACUCCGAAUUCUUAUUUGAAAGAUUUGAUUGCAUUAUCUGUAUUUUCAUCUUUCAAUAUGAUUUCAAAAAACUAUUUGUCUCAAAAUAAGCACAAGAUCCGUACUAAAAAAAUAUUUGUUAAAGUUGAGCUAAAAUUAAAAGAAAUUUGUUAUAUAUUUUAUUUUUUGUUUUUAUGAUGAUUUUAAAUUCAUGAUAUUUAUCUUUUAAGUUCUUAAAUACAAAAUAUAAAUGUGUAUUAUUAUUAGUAAUCUUUUAUUAAAUCAUUUAUAAAAGUCACGGGGUGUGUGUAGAGUAAAAUUGUUUGUAUGAAAAAUAAAUUAAAACCCAAACGAUUCAUAAUUAAUCAUAACGCUUCAGAACUAAUCUUUUUGUUUACUCUGGCCGCACCAAUGUUAUUUAUCUAUAGAGUUACAACUAAUCUAAAAUAACAAAAAUUUAUAGGGUUUGGUUUGACAAUGUAGAACGCUAAUAAAAGAAUAGUUGAGGAUCGUUUUUCUAAAUUAUUUAUCAUCGAGUAACGAUUGUAUUUUUGUCUUUUUGAUAUUUAGAAAAGAAAAUUAAAACUAAUAUAAGAAUUGUGUCGAACAAUUUUCACUUAUAAAUUGUAAAUGAAACGAAUUCGAUUAAAAUUCUUCAAAUUCAUCGAAGAGGAAUAUUCUUGGAUGGAACAAAAAUUGGCUUUCGUUUAGAAUAAAAAUAAAAUUUUGGAUAUAAGAAUAUAAGAUCGGUCCAAUAAUUUUCACAUAUAAAUUUGAAAUAAAAUCUAUUGAGCGUCCGAAAUCCUUUUGGAAUUCAUCAGAGAGGGCUAGCUAGAUUUUCUGAU